UCCUGUCACUGUCAGUGUUGUUUCCUCAUGUGAGAGUCGACCAUGGCGAGGUUUUUGAGGCCUAACAUCAGGAGUUUUGUCACCUCACAGCUGAGAAUGUCAUCCGACCAGCUGGGUGAGCUGGGUAAAGGUGCAGGAAAAGGUGGAGGUGGUGGAGGGUCCAUCAGGGAGGCAGGCGGAGCCAUGGGGAAGAAGCAAGCAGCUGAGGAGGAGAUGUACUUCAAGCGAAAGGAGCAGGAGCAGCUGGCUGCGUUGAAGCAGCAUCACCAGGAGGAAAUCGACCAUCACAAAAAGGAGAUUGAACGUCUGCAGCGUGAGAUCGACCGUCACAAGGGAAAGAUCAGGAAGCUGAAGCACGAUGACUGAGUGACACCUUCCAAAAAAGAAAAGUUUCAGUUUUCUCACCGACCCAGCCUGAUACCUUCACUUAUUACUGAGAUUGCUGCAUGCACUGUGUCACCAGGCCAGUCAUGAACAUGUGGGUGAUUGUACUGUAAAUGCAUGAAAGUGAUUAAAGCCGUUCAUAAAAUUA